AUGCCAGGCAUUCCUGUUGCGGCUCGUGCAACCUCAAGCCACCAUGAUGCUUGUGAACAUUUAUCUGCAGAGGAGGAGAUUGCAGCUGAAGAAAGUCUUUCAAUUUAUUGCAAGCCCGUUGAAUUUUACAACAUUCUCCAGCGACGUGCAGUGAGAAAUCCAUCAUUCCUUCAGAGAUGCUUGAGCUACCAGAUAAAAGCAAAGCACAAGAAGAGAAUACAAAUGACAGUUUCCUUGAUGCCAACUAUUACGGAAAGCCAAAAUGUGUUUCCCAUGUCUAUCUGUCUUGCAAGGCGGGUUUCUGACUAUGGAGCUUCAAGGCAAUCUGUUGUAUAUCGAGUCGGUCGGAUUUUCAUCUUUCGAAGCUCUCCUGGAAUUGAUUUGAAUACUCAAGUCCAAGCAAAUUUUACACUCCCUGAAGUCAACAAGUUAGCUGAGGAAGCUAGAUCUUGCUCACUUGAUAUCUUGUUUGUCAGCACUGCCACUGCUGGAGAGUACUGCCUUUGGGGGAAAGUGUCUUUAGAAUCACUUUAUAUGGCAUGGGAUUGUUUUCCUAAUUUUCGUUUGGGACAGCGAGCAGAGAUUAUGUCAACUGUGGACAUGCUUCCAUGUUUUCUGAAGUCAGAUUUUAAAAACGAGGACACAAGAGUAUCAAUUCAAGUUCCCUCUAAUUUUGAGAAUAUGAGUACAUCAAAACAAGUUCAAAUCACAAUUUCUGCUGAAGAGUUUGGGGCCAAAGAAAAAUCUCCCUAUAUUUCAUAUGCAGGCAGUGAAGUACCAUCCUCAUCAUUAUCUCACUUGAUCGGGUAA